CACCUCCUUCGAUGAGAUCUCCUUUCUAAAAUUUACAGUCAACCUGACUCCCUACAAACGGGAAAAGCUGUCUUUUUUUUUAAAUGUCUACUGUCCAAUGAUGGCAGGGCGUUCUCCAUACAAAUACCUUUCUUUACGUUUACAAUUGGCACUCAUACAAGCUUCCCAACACUCAAACAAAAUAAAACGUUGUAUAUGGAUAGGUGAGGGCCAUGAAGAAUAACAAGAACAAAGAAGUUGAAAUGCCCGAUGCAACUGAAUCUGCAUCUCCAUUAAACAGAGGGAACGAAGAAUGGGAAAAAAAAGUUUAGAACAUAUAAGAAGCUUUGAGAUGUGUAUUUAGUUCAGCGGAUUGUGGAUCGCUAGGCCAAAAGAUGCAUCAAACACAUUAAACCAGACAUCAGUUGGUGCAUUUGCUUCCAGUAGUAGUUCUGCAUUUAUGUCUUCAGAGAGAAUGAGACAAGAAGGCCAAGGAGAUAGUGGAUCAGCAUUGGCCAAAACCUUUGAAUUCUCAGUGAUGUCAGACAUUUUAAAUGAUCCGAGCAUAAAGAAUCUAGCAGUUGAGAUAUCAAAGGAUCCAGCCUUUCAUGAAAUGGCCCAGCAAUUGCAGGAGAGUGUGGAGGUUGAUGGGCAGCGUACUGCGAACCAACUGGAUCCUGAGAAAUAUGUGAAGAGCAUGCAACAGGUUAUGCGAAAUCCACAGUUUGUGACAAUGGCAGAGCUCCUUCGGGAUGCUAUGAUGCAGGAUCCAACAAUGACAAACAUGAUCAAAAGCUUCUCAAGUUCUGCACAGAAAGAACAAUUUGAUGCAAAGUUAGCCCAAGUUGAGAAUGAUCCCACGUUGAAGCCUAUUUUUGAUGACAUCAUACAAAGUGGACCAUCUGCUGUCAUGAAACAUUUAAAUGAUCCAGUUGUGCUGAGUAAGCUUAGAUACGCUUUCCACUUAGGCACACCACCAGCGACUUCAGUAUCCAACCGGUCUGAAGAAAUGCAAUCAGAGGAGUCAGAUGCAGAUAGUGAGACUGAACCAAUCUUGAACAUGUACCAUGCUGCUAGUAUUGGCGAUGUCAAGGGUCUUGAAAGGUUGCUAACGAUCGGUGCAGACAAAGAUCAGAAAGAUUCCCGAGGACGGACACCAUUGCACUUUGCCUGUGGGUAUGGAAAUGCAGAAUGUGUGGAAAUGUUGCUCAAGUUUGGUGCCUCCGUGCAUGCUACUGAGAAAAAUAUCAAUACUCCUCUGCAUUAUGCUUCUGCUUAUGGGCAAUAUGAAUGUGCUGAGUUUCUUCUUAAGGGCGGAGCUUCAAUAACUUUAUUGAACUCUGAAGGGAACACACCAGUUGAUGUUGCCAAGCUCAAUAAACAGAUGCAAAUAUUGAAUUUGUUGGAAAAGUAUGCAAUUUGAACCUAGAUUGUACAUAUCUUGAGGUAAAUACGAUGUUAACAUUGAUUAAUAUUGUAACAUGAUCCUUUUGUGGUUUUCAUUAAUGUAAAGUCGUUGCAAUAAGCGGCAAACAUUAUUUUU